AUGCAUAUUCUUAAUCAUCAAAUAAUCUAUUUCAUAUUAUGCCCAUUAUACAUAUUUUACGACAGCAAAUGUGCAGUUUUAGAUGCUAGUUCAAUUCGAGAUGAAAUUGUGGAAACAUUAUUCGCUAAUUAUCAGAGUCAUGUUCGCCCUGGAGAGCUUAUUCGUAACACAACAGUGGUAACAGUUUAUAUAUCUGUAUCAGCUAUAACGUCUGUGGAUGUACGUAAUAUGGAAUACACUAUUGAUAUGUUACUUCGUCAAGCAUGGUAUGAUCCUAGACUAGCUUGGGAUCAAAUUGAGAAAUUCAAACAUUAUACAAAAAACAUUGUUUCUCCAGUUUUCAAAGAAAAAAUAUGGCUACCAGACUUGUUCUUUCGAAAUGGUAAGGAAGGCCGAUUACAUAAAAUGACUUGUGAGAACUUACUAAUACGCAUACAACCGAAUGGUGAAAUAUUGUACAGUCAGAAGAUCACCAUGCGAAUGGCCUGUCAGAUGGAAUUACGGACAUUCCCUAUGGAUACACAGGAGUGCGAUAUGAAUAUUGGAAGUUAUGGAUAUACAUUAGAGCAAGUGAGCUUUGUGUGGAGAAACAUAUCACCUGUCACAUUACCGGAGAAUUUGCAGAUAUCAGAGUUUGACCCACCUGAAGUGGUCAGAGCUUAUGACUGCACAAGCGGAUACUCCACAUCAACUGGACAAUACACAUGUUUAAACGCUACUUUUACGCUUCAACGGCAGUUAGGUUACUGGUUGGCAAGUACCUAUAUACCGAAUAUUCUCAUAAUGGUUGUUUCAUGGCUAAACUUUUGGGUUAGUUUAGAGGCGAUUCCAGCCAGAGUAAAUUUAAGUUUGUUAACGUUACUUGGUGUGAUAACUCAGUCGACCAGUUACGCAAGUUCCCUUCCAAGGGUAUCGUAUAUUAAAGCAAUUGAUAUUUGGACAAUAGCAUGCAUAACGUUUAAUUCUGGAGUAUUACUUGAAUUUGCGAUCGCUUCUCAUCUUGCUAGGCGUCAAAAAGUAUCUGAAUGGCAGGUAGAAGUUCGGAAGCUAGUUAGACGUGAACUAGCGAGGUGGUGUUCUGCUUGCCAAUUACAAUAUGCACAAAGGGGACCAUCUGCGCUCUCAGCAUACUCAGCUUCAAGCAGAUCAAAUGAGAAAGUUGGUGAAUACAUCAACUCGGUAGCUGCUGCUGCUUUCGCCAUUCAGAAUAGCCCUGUACUAGAAAGACCAAGUCCUCAAAUGUCUGUUCGCUUAACAAAGUCAGGUUUAAUGUCAAUGGCUAAUAUUAAAUCCGGAAAACCAGAUAAAGUUUCAAAGGGUGCUUUUUACGAAUUAGUUACCAAUGAUUCUGCACUUACAGCUUUAGAUACAACACAAAAGGAUGCUCUUUUACCAACAAAUGAACCACAACGCGUUAAAAAACCAGCGUCAAUGUCGAAAAUAGAUAGUUAUAGUCGAUUCGUUUUUCCAGCAUGCUUUUUACUUUACAAUUGUUUUUAUUGGCUUUAUUAUUUAGUGAUUGUUAAGCAUAAAUAG